UAAAAAUCCUCAAUCCUCCGCAAAGACACUUCGUCACUUCCAAGCUCCUUCUCACCCCCUAAAGUUAAAAAAGAGAAGAAUUCAAUCCAUCCAAUUUCCCCCCAAACCCCUGCAAUCAUGGCCUCCCACCAUUAUUGCUGUCGCUAGGCAACGAAGAUCUCCUCUCUUUCCCCUCUCUUUCCACGCGCAUUAUCAUAUCCUCAUGCGCGCGGAUCUUUCCAUGUGAACGCCACCACCUUCUCCUUCAAGCCGCCGUCGCUCAGCCACCGCCACCGCCGCCGUCGCGCCAUGCAUGUGACGGUCGUGCGUGAGCACUAGACCGCAACUUACACCUUCCCGUCCGCGGUUUCCUGGGAAAGAAAUGGCGACCGCCCAUCGCCGUCGCGGCGAGCUCGCGGCUGCCCUGAGGCUCGUGCUCCGUUCUUGGUCCCUGCUGUGCUGCUGCUGCUUGUUCUUGUUGUUGCCUCUGGCCCUCGCCGCCGACGGCGACUACGAGAUCUUGCUCCGCGUCAAGGCCGCCCAGCUCGAGGACCCGGACGGCCAGCUCGCCGACUGGGCCCCCAACGCCGACCGCAGCCCCUGCAACUGGACCGGGGUCACGUGCGAGACCCGGAACCGCUCUGUCGUCGCGAUCGACCUCUCGGGACUGAACGUCGCCGGCAGGUUCCCGUACGACUUCUGCCGGAUCCGGACCCUGCGGAAACUCUUGCUCGGCGACAACUCCUUCAACGGCACCGUCGCGGGGCCGUCGCUCUCGCUCUGCUCGCAUCUCCAGUGGCUCAACAUCUCCAGCAACUGCUUCGUCGGCCAGCUGCCGGACCUCUCGCGGUUCGCCGACCUCCGGUUCCUCGACCUAUCGUACAACAACUUCACCGGCGAGUUUCCGGCUAGCUUCGGCCGGUUGCCGGCGCUGAGUGCCCUGUCGCUGUUCGGGAACUUGCUCAACGGCUCGAUACCUUCUUUCUUGGGUAAUCUUAGCCAGUUGACUCAGCUCGGUAUCGGUUACAACCCGUACGCGCAGGGCCCUCUGCCUCCGGAGAUCGGAAACCUGUCCAGGCUCGAGAUUCUCUGGGUAGCGAAAUCGAAUCUCGUCGGAGAAAUCCCGAGCUCAAUCGGGAAGCUCACUUCUCUGAAGAACUUCGAUUUGUCCUACAAUAUGCUGUCGGGGAAAAUUCCUGAUGCCAUCGCCGGGCUGCGAAGCGUCGAGCAAAUUGAACUGUACCACAACAACUUAUCCGGCGAGUUGCCAGAGGGGAUCGGCAAUUUGAGCAAUCUCCUGCAAUUGGACGUCUCUCAGAACGGUCUCACCGGUGUCCUGCCGGAGAAGAUCGCUGCAUAUCCGUUCACGUCCCUGAACCUAAAUGACAACUUAUUCAACGGCGAGAUUCCCGCGGUUCUGGCGUCGAACCCAAAUUUGCAGCAGCUGAAGCUCUUCAACAACUCUUUCACCGGGAAAUUACCAGCCGAUUUGGGCAAGAAUUCCGACUUGGUGGAGUUCGACGUCUCGAGCAACUCUUUCACCGGCGAGUUGCCUGAGAAUCUCUGUUCCAGAGGCAAGCUCCAGCAAGUUAUCGUCUUGAACAAUCGCUUCACAGGAAGCUUGCCGAGUUCGCUAGCGAGCUGUGAUUCUCUCGAAUACGUCCGAAUCAGCAACAACGGACUCUCCGGCGAGGUGCCGGCCGGGUUUUGGGGCCUCCAGACGGUCUCGUACCUUGACAUGAGCUACAAUAAGUUUGAAGGGGCGAUUUCGCGGUCGAUUUCGGGGCCCAAGGGCCUGAAGUCACUUCUGAUCGCCGGCAACAAAUUCUCUGGUGAUAUUCCGGCGGAGAUUUGCCAGCUCUCAAACCUCACCGUCGUUGAUGUGAGCAACAACCAGUUUGGCGGUGGACUCCCGACGUGUAUCACCAAUUUGGGCAGUUUGCAGAAGCUCAAGAUGCAAGGCAAUUUGCUGACCGGCCCGAUUCCGAGUUCAGUAGGGCCAUGGGCCGAUUUGACGGAGUUGAACCUUUCGAACAACCGGCUCACUGGGAGCAUACCGGCUCAAUUAGGCGACUUGCCGGUGCUGAGGUACUUGGACCUCUCAGGGAACUCGCUCUCCGGCGAGAUCCCAAGGGAGCUGGCCAAACUGACGCUUAAUAAGUUCAACAUAUCCCACAAUAAGCUCUACGGCGAGAUACCGCCGUGCUUCGAUCGCGAGCUCUUUGUUUCGGGCUUAAUGGGCAACCCAAGCCUGUGCAGCUCGGAUCUGAAGCCGUUCCCGAAGUGCACAAGAGCCCGGCCCGUCGCUUUCUACGUGCUCAUAGCUCUAGCCGUAUGCGUUUUGCUCCUUUUCGCGUCCCUGGUUUGGUUCCUCAGGACGAAGCUACAUUGGUUCGGAGGCAAAUCGAGACGGUUGUGGAAAAUAACCACGUUCCAGCGGGUCAUGUUUAGCAAUGAGAUAGUCGAUCAGUUAAUAGAGGAGAACAAGAUCGGGUCCGGAGGGUCGGGCGAGGUCUACCGGAUUAGGCUCAAGUCGGGUCAGAUGGUGGCGGUGAAGAAGCUCUGGGCGAAGACCCAGGCCCCGGACAUCGAGUCCAUGUUCAAAUCGGAGGUGGAGACUCUGGGUCACGUCCGCCACGGCAAUAUAGUAAAGUUGCUGUUCACGUGCUCGGCCGAGGAGAGCAGCCUUUUAGUCUACGAGUACAUGGAGAACGGGAGCCUGGGCGACGUGCUGCACGGGCCCAAGAGCGGAGAAUUCCUCGACUGGCCCCAGCGGUUCGCCAUAGCAGUGGGCGCGGCUAAGGGCCUGGCCUACCUGCACCACGACUGCGUGCCCGCCAUCGUGCACCGGGACGUGAAGAGCAACAACAUCCUAUUGGACGAGGACUUCACGCCGCGGGUCGCCGACUUCGGGUUGGCGAAGAUGUUGCAACGGGAGGCGGCGGCGACGGGGGAGAUGUCGAAGGUGGCCGGAUCCUGUGGCUACAUCGCGCCAGAGUAUGCAUAUACUAUGAAAGUAAACGAGAAGAGCGACGUCUAUAGUUUUGGCGUGUUGCUUCUAGAGUUGAUCACCGGCAAAAGGCCGAAUGACCCUUCGUUUGGCGAGAACAAGCACAUUGUGGAGUGGGUCAUUGAGGUCGCAUUGUCGGCUCCCGAGGCGGAAGGGGAUGGGAAUCGUGAUGGCGAGCCCGGGUGGUGCUCCGGCGAUCUGGCACAGCUCAUGGAUCCGAGGUUGAGCCCGUCCUCGAGCGACUAUGAAGAGAUUGAGAAGGUCUUGAACAUAGCUCUCUCUUGCACUUCCGCGUUGCCGGUCAGCAGGCCCACCAUGAGGCGCGUGGUUGAGUUGCUCAAGGACAAAAAGUGGGCCCGUUCCAAAUGAUAUGAGCUAUCUUUUUUGGCUCUCAGUUUAGUGGUCAGUGGGUAUGUAAUAUAUGCUGCGUGCAUCGUCAACUGUAGUUUGAAAGUAGCGAGAGGCUUGUGAGAUAGAUCUUCCGCUGCCCUCUUUUUCUACCUCUUCAAGUGUUUAGGAUUUUUAUUAAAAGAACAAUAGUUUUCAAUCGCCGAGUAAUUUUAAUUCUAAUUUUCGUAAGACA